AUGUUGUCCCCAUCCGCGGCUAAAUAUCUAGAGGAACUGAACCUCUUUGAGGCGAAAUGCGAGUCCUCCGAUCAACAACUUCUCUCACUCUACGGGCGCUUCAAAACCUCCUACUGUGGUGCAACGGCAACAUCCUCGACAUCGUCUAUCGACUUUCGAAUCUUCGCACUCGCUAACAUCACACCUUAUCUCGUAGAAGCCCUCUGCAGACUUCUCCAUCGAUCGACAAUUGAACGAAUCCCCACGGCUGACAACGUGAAGAAUCGCCUGCAAAGUCUUGCUGUUGGGCUGGAAACUCAGCCGCAUGUCCUUGUUGAAUUUCUCGGGCGCGACAUAUGCUUGAGCCGGACAGCCAUCGGACAUAUCCAGGACUGCCUCUCUGUCCGCCCAGACCUCCGCCUCCCUGACCUGCUCCAACUCCUCUACGACGAGCAGGCCAAGGUGCUCAACAACCCCAAGGGACUGCGCCAGGUCGCCGACAUCACCUUAUUACGGCGCAUGAGGGAAUCUCUCAACCCGGGUGUUGCCAAGACAAAGAAGCUCACCGUUGCCCGACCUGGACCUCCCCCCGGCGCUCGUCACCCAUCCCAGGACGGGUGUGCUGACGACAUCGUCAAAGGAAGUAUGGUCAAUCUACGCCAACCACCCCGCGAGACGUUGCCGGCGGCUUCUGAAACCCACAAACACACGCUUGUCGACAAUGCCGACACCAUUGUCGGAUCAAACCAGUCUGUAAAUGAGGACGAGUCAUUCUCAUUUGCUGGCAGCGGGCGGUCCUCGCCAGUCAACUCGCCUGAAUCUGGACGAAGAGCGGGGUCGUGGUUCGAGGACCAAGGCCUGUCCGAAAUGAGCGAUCUCCUUCCACCGGACUCGCCCCAGAACCAACACCUUCCACCCGCAAAACGAAAGCAAUGGGACCCACUACACGAGCAAACAUUCAGGCCAGCUAGAGACGAGGAAUCAAAGACACGCAGCGCCCAUCAGACACCAACGUCUCGGGAUACACAGCCAGAGCCAGGACCCGGGCCAGAGAGCUCCAAAGCGGCCAUUGUGGCAAACAUGCUCAAGGUACCCACGAAGGAGGCUAAGCCACCGCAGGGCGAUUCGGUGAAUGGCGAAAGGUCAAAUGGCGUGCAACGAGGUUCGGCCGAAUCCCGCGUCCAUCCAAAGUCUCAGCAGGCCUCUUUGGACACUCUGAUCGCGGGCCUGCAUUGUCUAGACGAUGGUCACAUGCUGAACGACGCCGUCAUCAAUGUCCUAAUUGGAACUCUCGCAUGUGACAGCGUUGGCGUCAUUGACAGUCUCCAGCUCACUAGCCCCUUCAAACCGUCCCCGGGUCUACAGAUGCGACUGUUGGCCUUGCGUGAAACGAACAUCCUUGUCAUGCCAUGCUUCCACCGGCAAAGCAAUCAUUGGCGGCUCUUUAUCCACUUGAGAGGUUCAGACUCCAUUGCGGAGCUUGACUCGCUGAAUCUUCCAAACAAGCAGGGAUUCAACACAGUGAUCCCAAUGGUGGCGCGAAUCCGUGGCCCUCCCGGUCCCACAAGAGUUGAGAAGAUCCGGUGCGCCCAACAAGGCAACAACAUCGAUUGUGGCGUCUUUACCGUGGCGUUUGCCAUGAGGAUUGCGCCGGCCACGACAUUUCCUCCGCCAGGCCUCGAAGACCAAGUCGACGUGCCCGUCUUGCGGCAAAGGUACAAAAAGAUGCUACUGACAUCUACCCUCGCCAGUCCUCCAGCGGCCCUUCUUGCCUUCCGCCCUCUUCGACGAUCACAACCGGGGCCACACAACGAUCUACUAGGGUCGGACAUCAACGUCAUUAACUUCCAACGGCGAUUAUGGGACAAAUGCCGUCAUUUAAGAGCCAUUAGAGGCUUUGAUGACAAUCGAAUCGCCAGUCUACAACUGCAAUCCGAGCUCAUCCAGGCUUCAGCAAUCUGCUGUACCGCAGGCCUCGUCGAUAUGCACCAUUGGCAUGCUACAGCGAUAGACGAGGCAACCAGAGCGGCCACUGCCGGGCGGACGCUCUCUGUUGUGACACAAAUGAGGGGUCAGAUGGCUGAUCUCCUUACGAAAUGUUCUGGAACCCAGAACAGAUACCUUUCCGCCCAGCAGCAAGUGGCUCUUCGGAUGAUGGGAUCUGCCAUUGGCACGGCUAUCAAUGAGUUUCCCGAUCAUACUCAGUCAAGCGCCCAGGCCCCAACCCAGUCCUUGGAGUGGAGUCUCUGGACAAAAUGUGUCGUCUGGUGGCUAACGGCAAGGCGUGCUACAAAUCUGUGCCACAGAAUACAGAAGCAGUGGCAUGCCAACCAUGUACAAUUGGUCGACGCGAGCAGGGAUGAGGCCGAGGCAAUGGGAAUUAUGCGCAGGAACAUUUGA